AAAACAAAAGAAAAUCAGUUUCACUAUCCUGUCAGUAUUCCUGUGGUUUACUUUAUUGCUAUCUAGGGUUAAUUCAUGAGAACCCGAAAUGCUGACUCUGCGAAAUCAACCGCCACCAAAAAGACGCCGCCGGUGAGAAAAGCUGCCGCUAAAGUUUCUCCAACCUCAUCGGAAUCUGUGACACCCAAAAUUGUGGAAACAACGCGUGGUUCUGCAGGCAAAGCAAAGCAAGCAAAGGCCAACGACACGGCACCUCCACAACAUGCUACGGGUUCUGAUUCCAAGUCUGAUCAAUCAGCAGUUGAAGAAGUGAAAGCAUUUGCUGAAGCUGCCACAAUGACCCCAGUUAAAAAAGCCACUGUUCCGGGCGCGAGGCCAGGAGCAAAGAAGAAGCUAGUGAAGACUAAAACUCGUGCUUCCGAGAAAGCUGUGAAGGCAAGAGUAGAAGAAUCUCUAAAUGAGGAAUUUACUGUUGAAAACGUUGGAGAACCUAUAAAGCAGAAAGAAAACAUAGUGGAAGCAGAAGAACCUGCUGUUGCAAAUGUCACAGAAAGCACAAAAGAGGAGGGAACUGCUGCUGAAGAUGAUGGGGAAUCAGUUAAGGAGGUAAAAACAUCAGUGGAAGAAGAUGCUAUUAAACAUGUUGGGGAUUCUGUGAAGAAAAAAGAACCUCUUGUUAGGGAGAUUGCAAAAUUUAAUGAGAAUAAAGAACUCAGCUGUUACAACAAUGAAGAGCAAGGGGAUUUUGUGAAGCAAAAAGAUCCCGUUAUUCUAGGGUUUGCAAAAUCCAAUGAUAAUAAAGAAGCGAGCUUUCAGAAAUAUCUAAAGGAUGUGGAGGAGGAUGAUGAGAUGGAAACUUUCGAUGACGAAGAGGAGCCCAAGAUCGAGCUUAUGGACACCAAAGAAAACAUGAAAGCCGAGCUGCUGGGAGAAGAUGCUGAACCUGAACAGGAUGAGUAUGGCAGUUUUGAGAUUUUUGAAGACUAUGGUGAUCAAGUAGACUAUGGAGAUCAUGAGGAGGAAGAGUUUGCAGAGGAUGAUAUAGAGGAGCCUACUGCAGAAACUGACACAUUGGAAGAUGAACACAGGGAAUUGAAAGCAAUUGCAAGAGACCGCAGGAUUAAGAAGGAGCAUGAGAUAUUUGUUGGUGGUUUGGAUCGUGAUGCAACGGAGGAGGAUGUGAGAAAGGUUUUUGAGAGGAUUGGAGAUAUAGCUGAAGUUCGGUUACACAAGAAUUUUGCAACAAAUAGGAACAAGGGUUAUGCAUUUGUGAAGUUUGCAAACAAGGAGCAUGCACAGCGGGCUUUGUCUGAGAUGAAAAACCCUGUGAUUUGUGGAAAGCGAUGUGGGACUGCACCAAGUGAGGACAACGAUACGUUGUUCGUGGGAAAUAUCUGCAAUACAUGGACAAAGGAGGCUAUUAAACAAAAGUUGAAAGAUUAUGGUGUUGAAGGUGUUGAGAGCAUUACUCUUGUCCCAGAUGCUCAGCAUGAGGGAUUGAGUCGUGGUUUUGCAUUUGUUGAGUUCUCUUGUCAUGUUGAUGCCAUGGCUGCAUAUAAGAGGCUUCAGAAGCCUGAUGUUGUGUUUGGCCACCCUGAGAGAACUGUCAAAGUAGCUUUUGCUGAACCUUUGCGGGAACCUGAUCCUGUAAUAAUGGCUCAGGUGAAGACCGUAUUUCUUGAUGGGGUUCCUCCUCACUGGAAUGAAGACCAAGUUGAGGAGCAGAUACAAGGUUUCGGGGAGAUUGUACGCAUUGUCCUGGCCCGGAAUAUGUCAACUGCUAAGAGGAAAGAUUAUGGUUUUGUUGAUUUCUCAACCCAUGAAGCUGCUGUUGCUUGCAUCAAAGGUGUAAACAAUAAAGAAGUGGUUGAUGGCAACUCAAAGGUAAAACUGAAAGCAAGGCUAUCAAAUCCCAUGCCAAAAACUCAGGCAGUGAAGGGUGGAAUGUGUGGUGGAUAUCGAAUUGGUCAUGGUGGCAGUGGAACCUUUUCCAGAUAUGAAAGGGGUUUUGGUCGGGGUGGACACCACUUCAACUCUGCGAAUUUCCAACGGGGCAGGGGUUUCUAUCAACGAGGACGCGGACAAAUUGGUAGAAUAGGUCCCAAUGACUACGGCCUUGAUAACCGAUACACAGAGUUUCAUGGGAGGCAAUUUAUGGGACGAGCAGGAGGAAGGAGGGGUUCUUUCAGAGGUGGUCAUCAUACAUCUGGUAGAUCAAUGGCUGCAGCUGGCCCAUCAAGGCCUAAUCCCAGUAGGCGUUGGCUUGAUGUCCCUGACAGAGGGCAUGGGGAUCAUUUUUCCUAUAGGAGGCAACCAUUUUCUCCAGAUGAAGAUUUUGAUAGACGUUAUGUUGAAAGACAAGUUGAUGACCCUUAUUAUUAUGAUGACCGUGCACAUGGUGUGAAGAGGCCAUUUUAUGCAGUAGACCAUGAUCCUGAUUAUAUGGUGUCCAGUAGAGUACGCCCGCGGCUGGACUAUAAUGAUCCUGCAGUUUCACUUCAUGGAAGUCGUUAUCGUGAUGAUUAUGGAGCUGGCAGUGGUCUCUACUCGGAUGAUUAUUAUGUUUCUGAUUAUGGUGCAUAUCCACCUUAUUAUGGGGAUGAUCGCUCAUAUGGAGGUGGUUAUUACUACUAGACUCAAGAACCUUGGGUUCUUGCACAAUUUUGUCUAGGUGGGCUUGGAAAUGCUGGAUGCUGGGCUUGCUGCUUAAAAAUAUGGUUGCAGUCUUGUUUUUUAUACUCUUUUUUUUUUUUUUUGAAAGUAUCUUCAUUCUGCUUUUCCUCUGUCUUCCUUCCUCUGUACUUCUCUUUCCUGUUCUCUUUUUAUCAAUUAUUAGUAGAACAUUUGGAGUUUAAUUUGUAUAGUUAGGUUACGUCUCUGAAGGAUCUGAAUUAAGAAGCUUAUAUUACUCCUAUAUUGUGGAGAUUCAGUAGAUGUCUGCUCUUUCUGCUCUAGGUGUGAAGUGCUUGUGGAUUUUUGCUAUGGUUGGUUGUGGUAAAGGGCAGUAUCAAUUUCCUUCUAUUUUCAUGAUCUACAUAAUGGAUCAAGCACACAUAGUGAUGGUUAAUGUUGAAGCUUUUGAAAGGAAAUAGACUGGGUGACUCUUUCUGGAAGUGGAAAGUUCAAGCUAAGGUUCUUCUUAUAUUGUUACCAGUGCUGAAGUUAGUUUAAACUUUGAAUGCUGAUGGAGGCCUUACAGAGAUCUUUUUAAAGUUUUUGCAGAGAAAUGAAAAAGUGUAGACCUUUGUAGGAAUAAUGAAAUCUGAACCCUGCCUGGUGAUCCAAAGUUUAUUAUGGAUAGAAGGGGAUGUGUUUAAUCAAAUUUUAUGGUUACUUGAGUAGAUGUUGUAGUGUUUAAAGAUGAUUUCAUCCUUAUUAUGGUUAAUUAAAACAAGUUCAUGGCUA